AUGACAGGUUUCACAGCUCAAGAAAAGCUGCAAAAUGCUCAAGCUAUAUCGCAAGAAGGAGACAGUAGAACACCAUCAACUAUACCCGAUCACAAACAAUCUCUAGCUGAGGAAAUCGCUGCCAUGUCUCCUGAAGAAUUCGAUCUAGCAGAGAAGAAACUGAUAAAAAAGAUUGAUAGAAAUCUUGUGCCAUGGAUGACACUACUUUUCACAAUGUCCUUCUUGGAUCGAAUAAAUAUCGGUACUGCCAAGCUCGCAGGUCUGACUACCGACCUCAAACUCACUUCUUUACAAUACAAUACUGCUUCUAUGAUUUUCUUCGUCAGUUAUGUUGCCGCUGAAGUACCAUCGAAUCUUGUUCUCAAGAAAUUCCGACCAUCAAGAUGGAUCCCUCUGAUCAUGAUUAUAUGGUCCAUCUUCCAAACUACCAUGGGUCUUGUUACUAAUUACCACCAAUUAUUGGCGUUGCGAUUUUGCCUUGGUCUCGCAGAAAGUGGCCUUUUCCCCGGUAUCUCAUUCUUCCUCACUGGAUGGUACAAGCGUAAAGAAGCUUCCAAGAGAAUUUCCUUAUUCUUCGCAGGUGCUGUUUUAGCAGGUGCAUUCGGUGGUAUUCUCGGAUAUGCUUUGAGUCGAAUGAAUGGAGUUGGUGGUAAAGCCGGUUGGUCAUGGAUUUUCAUUAUUGAGGGACUUUUGUCUUUCGUCGUUGGUAUCGCUUCAAUAUUCAUGGUUCACGAUUGGCCCGAUCAAGCCAAAUUCCUCACACCGCUUGAGAAGGAGAUGGUCAUCUUAAGAUUGAAGGAUGAUACUGGUAUCAUGCAAGAAGGUACUUUCAGCUGGAAGAUGGUAAGGAGCGCUUUGAAAGACUGGAAGACUUUAUGCUUCAUGUUGAUGUACAUCGGUUGUGCCGAACCUAUUUACAGGCUCUUCUCACCUACCAUCAUUGCUGCUCUCGGUCGAUUCACCACUCCUCAAUCUCUCCUUUUGAGUACACCACCCUACGUUCUCGCUUUCAUCACUACUAUGACCACGGCCUAUCUUUCCGAUAGAUCAGGAAAGAGAGGUAUCUUCCUCAUGUUCUGGUCUGCUAUGGCCGCUAUUGGAUAUUUGCUAUUUUUGGUUAUCCCUAAAAGAUACCCUGGAGCACUUUAUUUCGCGGUAUUUUUGACUACUUGUUCUAUCGCUCCUUGUAUCGCUACCACCAUCGUUUGGUCAGGUAACACGUUCGGUAAUCAUUAUAAAAAGGCAACUUCGAUGGGUUUCAUCUUCUCUCUAGGUAAUUCAGGAGGUAUCAUCUCAUCUCAAGUAUAUCGAACAAAAGAUUCACCUCGUUUCCUUGUUGGUCAAGGAGUUACAUUUGGAUUUUCAGUCAUAUGUUUCAUUGCAUCUGUAGUGAUGUAUUUCGGACUUCAGAGGGAGAACAGACGUAGAGAAAAGACGUAUGGACCUGCUCCUGGGCCUGGAGAAAGUAACGAGUGGCUUUCUGAAGAAGGAAAGAAAAGAUGGGGCUUGGAAGGAAUGUCAAGGGAACAAAUUGUCGAAUUGGGUGACGCUCAUCCUGCUCACAGGUUUAUCUUAUAG